AGAGAGGCUCACAUGGGAAGGAGACAAAACGCACAGAUGAACAGAUGAACCUUCAUUCUACUUCAACAAGCAUCAUCAUCCGUGGUUGUCACUUUUCCAGUGUCUGAAAAUGUCGAAUUCAUCUACACAACUCGACAUCAAAGACACGAAACUUUGGGGAAAAUCAUUGCGACGCAUCGGAACGGCAGCGCAAGUUUUUGAACUACUUCAUUCGCCUACUGUUCCGCUCGCAAUGAUGUCGAACGCCGUCGCCUACCAAGAGACUUCUCACGACGGGCGUUUGACACAAUCACAUUCAGUCAGCACCGCGAUCGGGAAAGCAAAGCAGCAACUAGCAUCAGCUACAGCCACAGCUACAGCACCGGCUAUUUCUUCCACUACUCGAGCAUUACAACUUCAUACUCGCUCUUUGCUUUCCUGUUCGCAACUGUGUCGCUGCCACUUCAGCUUUACACUGCUCUAUUCAAACAACACGGCAGCGGCACACUGAGAGCAAAAUUUCGGUCUAUUUCGGUCUAUCCUGGUCUAUUUUGGUUUGGUCACAACAACCUCAGCCUUGUCACUUCAAACACGAUUCUGGUUCAAACAAAUCUUUAUUCGCGCCAGUGGUACAACUCAACUACCACUUUCAUACAAACCCACUGGCCCGAGAAAACCACUACUUCAAACAAAACUUUGGUUCAAGCAUAUUUAUAUUCGCGCCAGUGGUACAAAUCCACUACCACUUCAUUCAAACCCACUGGCCCGAGCAUGCUAACCACCUCAAACAAGGCUUUUGGUUCAGGCAAAUCUAUAUUCGCGCCACUGGUACAAAUUCACAACCACUUUUUACAAACCCAGUGGCCCGAGCAAACUACCACUCCAAACCAACCACUGCCUCAAGCCAAACAACCAGACCAGACCAGACCAGACCAGACCAGGACGGACCAGGACAGACCAGGACAGACCAGGCCAUAUUCCAGCGAACAACCAUCCACAAUCUACACAGCUGCGAUAUGGUUAUUUUUUGCUCUCGCAAGACGGGAAUCUUGCAUCUGAUACCGGCAGGGAACACAAUUUUUUUCUUUUCAGAAACAAAUUGGCCGCUUUCAGACUUCUGCAUUCAUCGAAGUUUUUUUCGUCGCAAGAUUCCCGUCUUUUUGUCAAAAGUCAACACAAUUGUUGAAACACCACUCACCAACUCGACUUUAACACAUCAAAUUGGGAAAAGUUCACAUAUUUUUUUUGUCGAAUACCGCUUUCAUCGACAUUCAAUAUUGGGAACACACUCUACACACUUUUAUCUUGGGAUUCAACAUGAUCGAAAGACAUUCUAUUCCUUGAUAUACAAACCACUGGGGAACUUUGGGAGGAUCACAAACAGCUUCAUAUUGGAUCCUCCUUCAAACACAAAAACAUCAACGGGGAACUUUUGGGGAGAUCAGAAAGCCAAACGAGAUAUCACCAAUCAACUUUCGCCUGGUCUCCUUAAUCAUCGAGAACUAUCGCGCCAUCGCUUGUCAGCACAAGCUUCUACUCUGGGAACCUGACAUCAAACCACAAGUCAUCAUGGCUACGCGAUAGUUCUCAAUUGUGUGUCGAUCAAAUCAUCUACUCACGACGACACACAAUCAACGGGGACUUGCCAGAAAUGAGAGAUGCUAAAUACAUCACUACUUUCUCCUCAUUUCUUGGCACAAACACAUCAAAAAUCGGAAACGCCAGAGAACAAGACGCAAAAAUGUCUACUCAUUACAAACAAACAUCGUCUUCUAUUCUCUCGGCACUCAUCGGAGAUUUCCUGCUAUCACGGGCACUGCGCAGCGAUACGAUCAAAGAAAACUUCGCAUCGCUGCGCACAAAAACCAUCUUACCAUUUCAUUCUCGAACCAUUUUGCCCAGCAGAAAUCUCUGAGCUUCAUGACUCCAAACCAUGAACUCUCAUCGGUUCUCACGAAAGCGAUACACACUCAAACUACUCAUCGCCUUUCAAGACCACACGGUGGUGGACAUCAAUCUCAUCCAACAACUGAUCCUCCUGGGAGACGGCUUCAAACAUGAUCCAACUUCAAUCCACAAAGUCCAUGUCGUCUCCCAUGGAGUUGAACAGCAUUCGAACUUACCACUCAAAGCUCAUGAUGACGGUUCGAUGUCCACCACCACCUCCAGCCAAAAACAAACUCACAACGCUGGAACCCAAUGUCUAGGCUGAUCAAAAACAGUAUUCACGCCUUUACGACUUGGACAAAACUCAGCCUUGGCUGCCCUCCGCAAGGACCGGCACCAAACGGGAGAAUA